AUGUCACAGCCGGAUUAUGAACAAACAACUCAUGACCAUGCAUCAUUAUUAGUUUUAUUAAAGUCAAUUGGUACGCAAUUAAAACCAAAAUUAUUAUCUCGAUUAUACGAACGUAUUAAUAAAAGUUUAAGUAAAUUAAAUAUUGUUGAUUCAAGUGGUAGUACUCGUGAAAUAAUAAUACGUUUUGUACGUGAUUAUCCUGUUGAAAAUAUUGAUUGGGGUGAUUUUCAAACUCAUAGACGUUUAUUAGGUUUAAUAACAUUUAGUAAAUAUGAUGAACAAAAUGAAUUCAGUGAAUUGUGCCGUUUACAUGAAACACUUAAAGUUAAAUAUAAUGAUACAUUAUAUGAUUCACGUGCCAUAUUUUUUGGACCAGUUGAGUCUGAUAGUAUUAAUGAGCCUCCAACGGGUUUUGUACCACCGCCUAAUUUUAAAACAAGUGCUAUUUAUUAUGCUGAUGAAUUGUGUCCGAGUUUAGAGAGUCAAAUUUUAGAAUGUUUAAAUGCACUUUUUUGGAUCCUAGAAUCUAAAAGACUUAAGAGAUUAAGAGAAAAAUCUGAUCGUGCUUCACUGCUGCGGGCUCCGUUUGAAAAAAAGGAGCUCAUUGGACUGGAUUUAGACACAGCAGCAGCAAGUCUCCAAACAGUAAACGACUGGCUAUGGCUAGGAGCCGCAUAUGAAGGUCUAUGUGCAACAUCUUCAAUGAUCCUAUACCCAAAUCUCCGUAGAUCAUUGACUCUCCACCGGAAUUCCUCAUUGCAAGAAACAAGCCCGGGUAAAAGACGUGAAUCUCAAUCCCUCCCCAGCCCAACAAACGAAGAAUUCCCCAAAACUCACAUCCCGCACUUGCUACCACCAGAAGAAAUCGCCAAAAAGUACCGAGAAGCGAUUGUUCAUUACAGUAAAUACCAAAACGCCGCUAUCGUAGAAACCGAAGCGAGUUUCAAAGCAACUCGCAUAUCAAUAGAACAAAACAGUCCCCUACAAGCUGCGUGUUUUUUAAACAACGUCGUGUUCAAUCACAUAAAUUUAAGCGAGCAGGAAAAAAUCGAGCGAUUUACAAAACUAGCCGAGUUGUAUUCUUCCUUUGGGUUCAGCCGAAAAGCUUCAUUUUGCAUGCGAUUAGCCGCACUGAGAUACGUAUCACCGAACAAUCCAAACCGAGACUGGAAACAAUGUUACAAUUUAUUACUCCAAUCUACCUCAGGCUUCAAAUUGUCCCUCGACCCAGCAGAAAUGACUGAUAAUAACCGCAAAGGUUGGCCAAAAAUUCAAAUUCAAAUUCUCAAUGAAUUAAUAAUUGCUGCCAAUCAAAUGGGCAAUGCAGCAUUAGCAACGCGGCACAUGACAUUUAUUUUACAAACAUUAUUCAAUUACCUAUCACCCAACGACCGUAAGGACAUUGCUUUGCAAUUACAGGGUGUUGCGCAGCAAUGUGAAGGUGCACCUGUGCCCCUAGUUCUUGAGUCGGGUAUCGUAAUCCCUCCUGCUAAUUUGAUCAACAUACCUACCACCAAAGAAUUUAAGUUAAAAAAUCUACAAGCUCACCUUCAGCCGCAAAAAAUUGAACGGGUCAAGGAAGAUCAUGGACCAUUCUUGUUCACUCCUAUUAAUUUUGGAUCUUUAGAGCGGAAAAAUGUCUCCAAAAAUUCCGUGGAAUUUUUGUGGGUCGACGGUGAUAUUUGUGAAGUGUUAAUUCAAUUAAUUAAUCCUCUGCCGUUUGAAUUAGUUGUUUCAAAUAUGAGACUUUUGACCAGCGGAAUUGUUUUUGAAUCUCUUCCAGAGAGCAUUACGUUGCCUGCAAUGGCCGGACCAAUUGGUGUGUCUCUAGCUGGGACUCCCAGAGAACCUGGCACUUUGGAGAUCCACGGGUUCAGUACUCACACACUUGGUGUUAAAUCUAAUUGCCGGUUAAGAAAUAUUCCUGGUAUGCCAUAUCCAUCUUACAAUAUCACUGUAAUUCCGGCUUUGCCAAAAAUUGACCUUGCUACAAGCUUGCCACAAACUGCUAGCUUCAGCACGGGUCAAAAUAUUGUCACCAGUGCCAGUGUCUCUUUAUACGGUGGUGAAAGUACUGAGUGUACAAUUACAAUAACUAAUUGCGGGCAAGUACCUAUUGAGACUGUUGAGACUUCAAUUAAAUCUUCGUUGAGUAAAAUUAAAGAGGCAAAAAUAUUUCAAUGGAGCGAUGAUAAUUUUAAUUCACAAUUACCAUUACUCCCAGGCGCAAGUGCUAGUCUUACACUUUAUCUUUUUGCUGAUAUGGAAUUUAUUAAUAAUAAAGAUCAGGUGCAAAAAAGCAGCCCGAGAAUUAGCAAUGCACAUGGAUCUAAAUCUUGGCCGACUAGGAGCAAUUUAACGCAGUCAAAAAAAAAACCUUCAUCAUUGCCGGGUAAUAGUGGAAAAAAUUCGGGGAUUAAUUCGCAAUUGGCUAAAUUAACUAUCCAACCACCGUCGAAUAUUAUUGUUGAGGGACAAUUAAUGAUUAAGUACUCGGGUGGUGAGGGACUGACUGCUGGGUACUGUAGAGUUUCUUCGGUUUUUAUUUCUAUUGAAAUGCUACCUAGUGUUAAUAUUACUAGCUGGGAUGUCUUGCCAGCUGAAACAUCUAGUCAAUUUUACUUAGUACUUGAUGUAAAUAAUAUGACUAAUCAAGAAAUGGAAUUGUAUUAUACACAGAGUAAGUGUAUUUAUAUGGGAGGAAGAGAAUCUUGUAGGAUUCCUGUUCCUGUUGAUAGAUGUCCGCUGGAUAAAUUGUCGACGAUUGAGAGUGGAGAUGUUGAUAAUGAGUUACAGAAACUUUGCUCGCAACAUACGGCUGCUUUGGAUGAAAUCACCUGCACCAUUGGAGAGUGUGUUAGUAUUGGAGUUGGAGUUUGCAAUGCUCUUGAACGGCCGCUGAGUAAUUUGUGCUUAACUAUUGAUUUUUAUCAGGAUUAUCAAAAUGGUACUUGUAAUUAUAAGCUUGAUAAUUUACUGGCAAUUGCUGGAGCUAGCAAAGUAAUGCUUCCAACGUUACAAGAAUACGGACGUGCUUAUCACGAAUGCCGGGUGGUGUUUUUCAUGCCAGGUCAAUUUAAACUCGACAUCCGAUGUAGUAGUAACCAUGAAAAUUCAUCGUCAUCAAGUUCCAGUGAUAAAAAUCUAACGAUAGCUGACAAUGAAUGGCGUUAUAUACCACCUAUUGAAAUAACCGCCGAAGACUACUGA